AUGUCAAUUGCACCAAUUGAUAGCAUGGCUUCAUUGAGUAGUGAUCUCUUCUAUGACAUAUUACGACGACUUGAUGGCUCUGCAUUAGCUAGUUUAGCUUGUACGUGUGCAGCAUUUUGUUCCAUCUCAAAAGAAGAGAGUUUAUGGGAAGAUGUAUGCGCAUCCGUGUGGCCUUCAACCAAUAGGGAGGAUGUCAAAAGUUUAAUCUCCUCUAUCGGUGGUUUCAGAAAAUUCUAUGCCGAUUGUUUUCCUCUUAUCAUAAACAAGGAGGUCGGAGAGUAUCAUUGGAACAACUACCUUGAGUAUCUUGAUGAUUGGACCGAAGCCGAAUACUACGGGGAUACAAAUGAAUUUGAAAGCAUCACCCCGUCGGAUUUUGUUUCCAUUGUAGACAUUAGGUUUAAAGGGAAACCAAUCUGCUCCAAAGUUCUAUCCGGAAUUCCAAAUGCAAACGAUAACGCUGGUUGGUUCUACAACUGUCCUUUUCGUAUUGAUCUCCUCACUUACGCUGAUAGAGAUGAUAACAAUGACGGGGAGGUAACUCUUUCCGUAACCGACGGUCUCCCACCAAUUACAUCGAUGGAAAGAGAAAGGAAAGACGGGAAACUAUGGCACGAGCUUCGUGACGGUCUCCUUCUUAGUUGGAUAUUAGUAAACAAGAAAAUAAAGCAAGCUGCUAAUCUUGCUAGCUGGAGUCCUCUAGACGGUCAAAGACAUUGGCCGACGGAUAAAGACUUUGUCAUCCGAUUUGGAUCGGUUCUACCUGCGAAAGACAUUCUACCUUCUCAAGUAGUGCAAUGUAUCCUUGUUAUGAAGUUUAGAGUGGUACACAUUGAAGAAGAAGGGUUUGAAACUAGUCUCAAGUUAACAGAACUUAGCAUGCAGUUGGAAGAUAUGGAAGGUUCCCAUGUUAAUGGAAAAAACAGUUUGCAUAUUCUUAAGGAAGCACUUAGUUGCAGAAGGAGCAAAAAUUAUAGUGAAGCUAUUGAAUCUUGUCAUAUGUAUUCAAAAGUGCAAAAUGAGUUAAAAGAGGAGAAGAUGAGAAGUGAAAAUAGGUUGGAUACAUUUUGUAUUGUAACUGGGAUUGCUGCUUUUAUGACAUUCUGGUACUAUGUUUUGUGA